UCAAAUCAAAUACAAAAAAAAAUCCCCAAAAUUGACAUUAAACUACCGUACGAACCCUAAAAUAGCUGUGCCGCAAAAUCCUCAAAAUCAACAUCCAUCAUCUUCACCGAUCUUUUCAAAAUCUAACAUAUAGAUACACAUAUACAUACAGAAUAUGGAUGAUACUUGCGCUGUGUGUGCGGAUAGCUUAGAAUGGGUUGCGUACGGAAUCUGCGGACAUAAAGAUGUCUGUUCUACAUGUGUUGCUCGUCUUCGCUUCAUCUGUAGCGAUAACUGCUGCUGUAUUUGUAAAACUGAGUCUAAAGUGAUUUUUGUCACCAAGGCGUUAGGCGAUUACACUAAGAAUAUAAAUGAUUUCUCGGUGUUCUCAUCUGAACCUAAGGAAGGUCGAUCUGGACGAUAUUGGUAUCAUGAAGAUACGCAGGCAUUUUUUGAUGAUUUGGAUCAAUAUAAAAUGAUCAAGGCCAUGUGUAGGCUUUCUUGUAGUGUUUGUGAUAAGGCUGAGGUGGGCAAUGCUGGCAAUGGAUCAAAAAGAAAAGCUCGGUUUCAUAAUAUUGGUCAACUUAAAGGACAUCUGUUCCACCAGCAUAAUUUGUGCAUGUGCAGCUUGUGCUUGGAAGGAAGAAAGGUAUUUAUUUGCGAACAAAAGCUUUAUUCAAAAGCACAGUUGAGGCAGCAUAUAAAUACAGGUGACUCGGAAGUCGAUGGAACCGAAAGUGAAAGAGGUGGCUUCCAGGGACAUCCUCUAUGUGAAUUCUGCAGAACACCAUUUUAUGGAGAUAACGAGCUUUACACACAUAUGAAUACUGAACAUUUCAAUUGUCAUAUAUGCAGAAGACAAAACCCUGGUAAAUAUGAGUAUUACAAGAAUUAUGAUGACUUGGAGAAUCAUUUCCGCGGAGAGCAUUUUUUGUGUGAGGAUGAGGCUUGCCUUUCCAAGAAGUUCAUUGUUUUUACGUCUGAAGCUGAAAUGAAGAGGCACAAUGCUCAAGAGCAUGGGGGUCAUAUGUCACGAUCGCAGCGUAAUGCUGCUCUACAGAUACCGACCAGCUUCACAUAUCGGCGAAGCAAUGAACAAGAUAAUAGACGUGGAAGAAGAAAUACAUUUCAACGUGAUUUCUCUGAAGCUGAACUAUCUGAAGCUAUCGAAGCUAGCUUUCAGACAGCUGAUGCAAAUGCUAGAUAUCCAGAAGCAUCAUCUUCUAUUGUUUCUGAUCAUGCUGAUGCAAAUGGUUUUGAUCCAUUAAUCCAAUCUCUUGAAGCACUUGACACAGAUGCUGAAACACCUUCAAGGUAUCUUAAUGCUGUGUCACAUGGACCUAGGAACACACCACUUGAGGAAUCUGCCUUUCCACCACUUUCUACUGUCGCCAGUGCUAGUGCUCAAAGGCCUGAUGGGUUGCCAAGGAACACCAUGGCAGACAAUUUACGUAGACAAAACAAAAAAAAGAUCAAUGUCCUGAACACUGGUCAUGCUUGGCCAGCUGCAGCCCGUGCAAGUAAUAAUCAAUCUUCAUCAAGUUCAGUUUCUAGACCUGCGAACACCGGGUCCAGUUCAGUUUCCAGACCUGCAAACACCGGAUCAUUGGUCAUACCUGGUCAAAGAAAGUCUACAGUUAACCCGAUUCAAGUCCUAGCCCCGCCGGCUGUCGCGUCUUCAAGUUCUAGCACAUGGAAGAGCACAAGCAAAAUCAGCCAUUCAACGUCGGCUCCUAAUCUGGUUGAUACAGGUUCAGGAUCUGAUUUUCCUCCAGUUUCGGCAUCUGAUUUUCCUCCAGUUUCAGCAUUGCAGAUGCGAACUGCGCCGGUAAAUGCACCGAGUACAAAAAGUGUGCAAGAAGUAUAUGCUGCAAACAAAUCCAUGGUGGAAAAAAUUCGCGAGGGUUUGAAUCAUGAUCAGGAUAAGUAUGCUGAUUUUAAACAAGUGUCUGCAGAAUAUCGGCAAGGUGUUAUCAAUGCAGAGACUUAUCUGGUAUAUGUGGAUCAGUUUGGAUUGUCUGAUCUAGUUCCUGAUUUGGCUCGGCUUUUACCCGAUCCCGGUAAAGAGAAAGAGCUUAUGGCAGUCUACAAUGCCAAUCAAGCCGUGAGUGGCCUGAAUCGAAAUGUGAAUGGCCCAAAAGGUAAUGGUCGGAACAAUAAAGGGAAAUCUGUUUCUGCCGGCGAGAACAGUUCGACAAACAAGUUGACAAAUAGCAUCUUAAGCACGGUUCGAGAACUACAAUCAAACUACAGGCUGGACGAGGAGGUGGAGACGCUUUCAAAAGAUGGAUAUCGGGUCGCUAACAAAGGGAAAUCGAAAGCAGAGGUUGACGAUCGAGCUUCACCUGGUGUUCAACUUGUUUUAAAGCCACCCAAGAAUGAAGGUGGCAGUGGUGGGGGUGGUGAUGCAGGAGAAGGGAAAAGUAAGCAGAAACAGAAGAAAAUGUCAAAGUUUCUAAGGAAGCGUCUUGGUAAUGGUUCCAUGGCUUCAAUCCUUGAUUCUACAAGUUCUAAUGGUGUUGUUGAUUCCACAGAGGCAGAUGGGGCACCAAAUGGAAAGCAAGACCUGGACCCUAAUGGAUUACCAGUGCGAGGUGUGUGGCGCAAUGGUGGAGGCCACAAGCUAAUUGUAAAAGAUCAGAAAAGACCCUAGUGAUGAGUAAGCGGGUUCUUUUCCAUAUUUUAAGUGCCAUGGAAGCAAUGUGUCUGGAUGUUUUCUUUUUUGAUGGGAUAUAAGAUAUGUAUGUUGUUAACAUGGCAGCAGACAACUGUUGAUAGACAAAACUUGGUUUUCAAUCUCACUUUGAAUUUGAAGUUGGUUUUGUUUGUAACGAAAUAUUGCCCAAGAUGGCUUAUGAAGAUUUUGGUGUUCGGUAGAUUGGUCGUUGCAAUAAAUUAUUUAUCAUGUGUUAUUUGUUAUCA